GCCUGGUUGAAAUGUUUCAUACUAUCAAUAUUACUAAAACAGUCGGAACAUACAAAACUUCAACUUCAAUUAUAUAUUUCAGCUAACAAAAAUUUUGCUCUCAAAAAGUACUGGACGCUGCCGUCAAGAUGAAUCCGCAGUUCGAGACUAUUGCAAAGACUUUCGUUGAUCAAUAUUAUAGUGCAUAUGAUAAUGAAAUUAAUCAUAAGAACUUGCCCACGUUCUAUAGCGAUACCGAUUCGCUAAUGACAUUGGACGGAACACAGAUAAAGGGUGCGACGAAGAUUCUAGAAAAAUUAAACAGCCUGAGCAUUCCGAGGAUCGAACGGCAGAUAGCUUCUGUGGAUUCACAGCCCACCCUUGAUGGCUCAGUGCUGAUCCAUGUGAUUGGAUCUAUGAAAUGGGAAGGUAUUAUUCCCAUCAACUUCUCACAAGUGUUUCUCCUGAAGACCUCUGGAACUCAAUAUUAUAUUGGUCACGACAUUUUUCGAAUUAUGCCAAACAAAGAGUAAUGCAUUUUAAAUUUAUCUGUUUAGCAUAUAUUGUAUUAAAAAAAGU